UCUUCUUCUCUGUGAUUCACUAUCCGAACCCAGAUAUCGACCAUGGAAGUUUAUCAGCAACCACAGGAUUAACAGGAGGAGUUUUUUUUGGAUUACAGAUCAGAUCUUUGAUUCCAGGAGCAGAGAUGCAGUGUGUGAGGAGUCUCACUCUGCUCCUCCUGCUCGUGGUGAAGGUGCACGGUGACUUUGUGGAGCCUCCUCAGCCCCACACCUCACUGUGCUCGCUGGCAGAGAGUCAGACCAGGCUGCCCUGCCGCUACCAGCCAGUGGGGGGGGAGAAGGUGGUGCAGGUCACCUGGUACAAGGAGCUCGCGGACGGCAGCAAGGACCAGAUCAUCACGGCCCACUUCUCUGAGGGCCACACAGAGUUCGGGCGUUACUCUGGUCGGGUGAAGUUCGAGAGCAGCAGCCCCACAGAAAACUCGGCUCUGCUCAUCCCCAGCACAGAGGAGUCGGACGAGGGCAGCUACAUCUGCCACAUCUCCACCUUCCCUCACGGAACCUUUGAGAGGCACAUCACCCUCACCGUCUGGAUUUUACCCAUCUCCUCCCUGGACCCCGUCAUCCUGAAGGAGGGGGAUUCGUACCGUUUGGCGGCCACUUGCAAAGCAGAGGGUCGCCCGCGUCCCCGUCUCUCCUGGGACACCGACCUGCCGGGCCAGGGCAAGGACAAGUACCACAAGGCCGGGUCUGUGUCCAGCUACUUCUCCCUGCACCCGCUGCGCAGCAUGAACGGCAAAAAGCUGGACUGCUUGGUGUGGCAUCCUUGUCUGAACGGGUCCCGCAGGAUCUCAAACCUCCUGGAAGUUCAGUACCCCCCAGAUACCACCAUCACCAGUGUCUCAGGAGACUGGUUCGUGGGUUUGGAGAACGCUGAGCUGGUGUGUGACAGUGGAGGAAACCCCAAACCUCAGGACUUCACCUGGACACGGAGGGGAGGAGCUCUGCCAGAUGGGGUGUCCGUGGUUGGAGGAAAACUCGUCUUUGGGCGGACCCUCCGCUUGAAUGACAGCGGGGUCUACGAGUGUGUGGCCAAGAACAUUGCAGGAGCAGGAAAAGCAGAGUAUUCAGUGACAAUAGCAGAGUCUUCUCAGGGCAAGGGUGUCCCGUCCCACCUCCUCCUCAUCAUCCUCGGGUCCUCGGCCGCCGUCACCCUGGUCCUGGUCCUGAUCCUUGUCGUCCUGCUCGUCAACCGCCACCAUCGCAACAGAAACAGAAAGUUUAAGAGGCAGAUCACUGAGAAAACGGACGAAAAUGAAAAAAACUUCAGACAAGGUCCUUUAAUAAGGAACCAGACCCCUGUGACCAUUAAUGUCAUAGUUCAGGAGCCUCCCAUCUACGAAGGCAGCCAGUCCACACUGGGCGGGAAGAGGAGUCCUCCGGGAGGAGUGGAGCUAGACGAGCUGAGAUGUCCCGUCGUCCAGCAAGACGGCAGAGAGAGCCUGAGACAAAUAGGGAUGAACGGAGAGAAGGAGGAGCAAAGGAGGAGGGUGGAGUCAUUCGUGAUGAGGUGCAACAAGCCACUGCGUCCCAUCAACAAACUUAGCAGUUCCUUGCCUGGCAGGAACUGUCGUUUUCUGGCAGAAGUGGAGCUUGAAGAGCGGGGAUGUCUGGUCGUACAGCACCAUAGCAAGGAAUGCCUGAGACACAUGUGGAUGGACGGAGAGAAGGAGGAGCCAACGAAGAGAACCAAUUCGCUGGAGUUAUUUAUUCCCUCGUCCCUUGUUCCCCUGAAGGUCAAGCAGAAAGAAAGGCCCAGAGAGCCGGACCUCAGCCACCUCGGGGAAGGCGGCUCGCCACACGUAGAGGACUGGGCUCCGACGCAGUCGGUAGAGGAGGAGCGAGAGGAGCAGCCCCUUAUAGAUCUCAGAAGCGCUGCCAAUCAAGUCUUCUUCAGUAAUGGAUUCCUCUGACCCAGACCACACUCCAACGCCGUGCCGCUGCACCCCAAAGGACAGGUUAUAAAGACCAGUGGUUCUCAAAUGGGGGUAAGUGAAGGCACUAAAGUGGGAACGUGAGCUUUUUUUUACUAUAUGACGGGCUGCGCGAGAGGACUCACAGCGCGCAUUAAAAAAAGAAAACCCCGACGUGAAGUGGACUCACGUGUCAAACACAGGGAAGCAUUGGCGUCCAAGAAAAUGAGUCCUGUGUUACAUGACGUUUUGAACGACAGCAUCAAAGUGAUGAACUUCAUAAAGUCAAGACCACGUAAUGCACGCCUGUUUCGCCGCCUCUAGGAAACAUGGGAACUGAACACACACAACUGCUGCUGCACACAGAAGAGCGCUGUUUCUCUCCAGGGAGAAUAUCUCAAUCGGCUGUUGGGAAUCCUUAAGGAAGAUAUUUUAAGAUUUGUAAUUUUUUAUUUUAAGCAAAUCUUUUAUAUAAAAUGAAGUUCAUGAGUUCAGUUAGAGAACAUAUUUUUGAUAUGAUCCCGAAAUAGGGCACUUUAAGUUGAUAAUUAUUUUUAUUUGCACAAAUCAUUUUUUAUGCAAAAGCCUUAAGUUAUUUUUUUAUUUUUUUUACUUCCAAAUAGUAUUUGUAUUUCCACUAUAAAUGAGCAAUGUUAAUUGCAUUGAUGGAGUUUAAAUUUUAAAGUCUCAAGCUAAAAAGUUUAAUAAAUCAGACACCUAGAGCACAUCACUGUGUAUUGCAACUUUUUUUCAACCAAAAAUGCUUUGCGCUAGUUAGGGGGUACUUGGCUGAAAAUAUUUCAAAGGGGGAUCAUCACUGAAAAAAGGUAGAGAACUACUGAUCUAGACCACAGACUCUCCCCAUGUGACGAGACAGCGUCAGAUUUUGUUCAUUUAUUGUAAUGCUAUAAUAACUGGGAAUAUAUUUACUUUUUAAGAUACGGAAUAGUGGAGAAAUCGCAGACAAUGAGGGGAUAGUGAUGAUGAUAGACCAUGAUAUUUUCAGCUUGGAUUCACCUGCGGACGACGAGUUAGCGUGUGUAUUUGUAUAUGUGUGUAUUAUAACUAUGAGGGAGAGACAAAGAGCUGUUGUACAUUUACAAUAUUGUUACCUGCAACAAGAGAAAGGCCAGAAAAGCCUUUUACCCCGAGGGACCAGAACAUGGACAUGAAAAAGAAGACGGGGACAAAACCUGCAGGAGAAGAACAUGUUUUAUAUCCAUCCAGUGUUUUCUAUGAAAGUGAAAAGACAAAAAACCUGAUGUGUAAAUGUUGAAAUGUUUAUUCAUAAAAGUACAGCAAAUGCCAUUUUAAAAACAAA